UUGACAUUUGUUUGUGAAAGACAAAAACAGUGGACACACUCUGGCUUGUGUAUUUUCGGAAACCAACUAAGGGACCUCUGGACAGACUGCAGACCGUGAUUGUGACAUACCUGUGUGUAUUUAACGAACUCCGGUUAAGAUUGGACUUUUAGACGAAGACGAAAGAAGAUUUUACCCCGGCAGAUGGACCGACCAAGUCGGGAACAAAACAAACCGUUUCACCCGGACUGCAUGACUGGCUGAAUCAUUCACAGGCUAACCUGCCACCACAUCGUUGAGUUAGGGCUGUAAUAUAAAACGACGCUCGUCAGUUGGGAGUGACCUUAAGAAUGUGAAGCACAAUGGCGAACUUUGAAGCUUACCAGCAGUAUCAGAGAAUAGAGGACUUUGAGGAGGACUCGCCACCAGGGGAGGAGGAUUUACCGGUGCAUGUGCCCGAAGGCCUGAAAGACUCAUGGCACCAUAUCAAGAACCUGGAUAACUUCUUCAAAAGGAUCUAUCAUUUUCAUCAAAAGAACGGGUUUGCUUGUAUGAUGUUGUCAGAGUUCUUUGAACUUGUUCAGUUUUUGUUUGUUGUCACAUUCACGACGUUCCUUGUCAACUGUGUGGAGUAUGAUGUCCUGUUUGCCAAUCGAGCGGUCAAUCACACCGGCCCAGGCCAUAACCCCUUGGACAGGAACAAGGUCACUCUUCCAGACGCCAUCCUCCCCAGCCAGCAGUGCACUCAGAGGAUUCAGGAGAACAGUUGGAUUAUAUUCCUUCUCAUCAUGGCAGCCAUCUUCUGGAUCUAUCGACUUGUAAAAGUCUUUUGCAAUGUUCUGAGCUACUGGGAGAUCAGGCAGUUCUACAUCAAAGCACUGAAGAUCAGAAUGGAUGAACUAUGCAACUUCACAUGGCAGGAAGUCCAGGACCGCCUCAUCAGCCUGCAGCGAGAACAGCAAAUGUGCAUACACAAGAAAGAGUUGACAGAACUUGACAUCUAUCACCGCAUCCUGCGAUUCAAGAACUACAUGGUGGCAAUGAUAAACAAAUCACUGCUGCCAGUGCAGCUGCAGCUCCCCCUGCUGGGCAACGUGGUGUUCCUCACCCAGGGCCUCAAAUACAACUUUGAGCUCAUCCUCUUCUGGGGUCCCGGCUCUCUCUUUCAGAAUAAGUGGAAUCUGCACCCCAAGUACAAGCGGAGUGGAAAUCGCCUUGAGCUUGCACAGCAGCUGAGCAGAGUCAUCCUGCUGAUGGGUUUGGCCAAUCUGCUGCUGUGUCCCUUCAUCCUGGUGUGGCAGGUGCUCUACGCUUUUUUCAGCUACACCGAAGUGAUCCGCAGAGAACCGGGAAGCCUGGGUGCAAGACGCUGGUCCCUUUUUGGUCGUUUAUACUUGCGACACUUCAACGAGCUGGAUCAUGAGCUGCAUGGACGUUUAGGCCGCGGCUAUAAACCCACUUCCAAAUACAUGAACUCCUUUACGUCACCAGUGCUGACUGUGCUUGCUAAGAACUUUGCCUUCUUCUCGGGCUCCAUAUUGGCCGUGCUCAUUGCACUGACAGUCUAUGAUGAGGAUGUGCUGACAGUGCAGCACAUACUGACCGCUAUCACUGUGCUGGGAGUGGUUAUUACUAUCGCCAGGUCCUUCAUCCCAGACGAGCAUAUGGUGUGGUGUCCAGAACAGCUGCUGCAGUGUAUGCUGGCGCACAUUCACUACAUGCCAGACCACUGGAGGGGCAAUGCUAACAAGAGCGAGACCCGUGACGAGGUGGCGCAGCUGUUCCAGUACAAAGCGGUGUUCAUCUUGGAGGAGUUGCUCAGUCCCAUCGUCACACCUUUUAUUCUCAUCUUCCAUCUGAGGAAUAAGUCUUUGGAAAUCAUUGACUUCUUUAGGAACUUCACUGUGGAGGUGGUUGGAGUUGGAGACAUCUGUUCCUUUGCGCAGAUGGACAUCAGACGCCAUGGAAACCCAACAUGGAUGUCAGAGGGCCAGACGGAGGCCUCCAUAUAUCAACAAGCGGAAAAUGGCAAGACGGAGUUGUCUCUUAUGCAUUUCACCAUUAAGAAUCCGCGCUGGCAGCCGCCUCAGGAGAGCUCAGUGUUUAUCAGCCAUCUAAAAGAAAAGGUGCAGCAUGAUGCACAGGGUGGCCCCUCCACCCAGCUGCUGCUCUCUGAGGCUCCUCUCUGCACCUCUCUGCAGUCCAAUGAGUCCGGUACUGGGCCUGAUAACCUGUUGGCCAGUGUCCUGGCUCACCCCAUUCUCACUGCGUCUGGACUACAAGGGCGAGAUCGUCGCUUCAUCCCACCGAGCACAGCUGCUUCUGCCGCUGCCAGUGUCCUGGCCUCUCUGUCCACCUCCCAGCUCCCACAUAUCAACCGUGGCCGCUCACACAGCCUCCUGCACUCAUCCGUCCAUCCUGAGAGCACCAUGUACCGCAGCGAUCGCACCAUCAUCGACAGUAUGUCUAACAGCGACUCUCACAUCCGGAGCAAUCCACUGCACUCAGAGUUUGCCUCUGCAGAGAUGAGUCUCCAUGCCAUCUACAUGCAUGAGCUCCACCAGCAGAGCUCCCACCCACAGAGAAGUUCGGGGCAGUGGCAGAACCCAGUGCCAAUGAGAGACCUGCACACAAACACUGGUUUCCAGGCACAUAGCGGCCUCAGUUCCAGCAUUUCCAUGCCGGUGCCGGUCCACCUCGGUGGCUGGCAGGAGGAGGAGGAAGAGGAGCAUGCGGAUGAUCAGGAGAUUAACAGUGGAUCUACUCCAAAACAGGGCACUGGGAGUAGUUGUUGAAGUGCCUUAUGUCAUAAGUGUUUACAUUUUACUUUCUUCUAUGAACAUUGUGGCCUUAGAUGAUCUUCAUGGAGAAUUUAGCAUGGACUUUUAAAACAUCAUUCAGCGUUUGUUGUAGGAGGGGCUCAUUGAAUAACCACUGUCUUUGUACCGCCAUGCCUCAUCCUGUCACAUCAGGCAGACUAUGGCAUCAGGGAAACCAUACGUCUUCCGUCCGAUCCUUUAUGAUUUUGUCACGAACUUGUACAGACAAACUGUGUGUAAGGUGACAGAGAAACAAUAGAAUGUGUUCAUAGGAUCACUGUGUGAAAAGGUGCGCAAAAGGCUCUUUCUACAGAGCCUGUGUGUAAACACUUAAAGUAUUUGUGAUUCACAAAGAUUUAAAGCGUGAGUGUAACUGAAGUUUCUCACAGAGUGGCGUCUUGAUCUGUGCUACAAAGACUGCAAACCUCAUCGUAGCUGCCUGAACAAUUUUGAUCACCUGACAAAAGAUAAUUCAAUAUUUCAAGUUGUGCUGUUUGACGCUGGUGAUUUGUAAAUACACUUUUACGUCUUACUUAUCCUUUAAAAAGUUUUUACAACUAGAGCUAAUCCUUGAAAAAGAUACCAAGUAUUGAUCUGACAAAGAGUUGACUGUACAGAAGCCGUACUAGUAAAAACGACGUGUACCUGGCAAAACAUCUCUUUAAAUCAGACAUACAUAUACUUUGAUGCUGCUGCCUGUGUUUAGUUGUCCUGAGUACAGGUUUUACUCAGUAUUAUUUCCCAAGGUGAUGUAUCAGGACACUACUUCUCAAAAAUAGGACUAAAAUCAACAGGCCCCAUAUAUACUUGGCGUCAAAAUCCUAAUGCAGAUACAAGAUGUCUUUUAAAUCUAUUUAAGCUGGACACAAAGUCAGCUUCAUGCCUUAACACCCAUAUUAAAACAUGCAUUCAGAUCCUAGUUUUCCGUAUUACCUCAGUGGUGGUUAAGAAAAAAUAAUCCUCCAAUUAAUACCUCUGCAGUGUAAUUACUCUAAUGUAAAUAUAUAUAUAUAUAUAUAUAUAUAUAUACAGUCAAUGUGGGGUUCUUUGCAGCGUGCAAAUUCAUCUUUAACUGCAUUUUGAUUUUAAUGACAGGUGUAAAUGGAAUCUGUUUCAUUUCCCAGCAGAUGUUUUAAGUUAAGCGUUGAUGUCCCCAAAAUCCUGAGGAGGAAUCAUUAAAAAAAACAAAAAACAGGGUGGUAUUGCUUUUACAAUAUUGUCUUUAUUGUGAAUAUUAGUAAUUUGGGUCACUUUAAUUUUUUUUUUAUUUUCAAAUGCUCACUUAAAAAAUGGAAAUUCAUCAUCAGGGCUGGUUACAGAGUGUGCGCUGUUCUCUCUGUAGCUUUAGGUUUUAAGAUUUUAGGACAAGCAGUUCCUCUCAGUGUUGGCUUUCAAAGUAAGAGCAUGAAGGAAAAAAAAAGCCUUUACACUAUCUGCAUCAUUUGUUAGCUUUAGGUUUAUUUAUUGCCUGUUGCCCCCCAAAUAUUUAAUUGAUAUAUUUGCGUUAUUUAUUUAUUUUUAAUUAACAAUAGAAAUAGCUUGCCCCCCCUACUUAAAGUAGUUCUUAAAUUAAAAGAAUAACUCUUUUGUUUUAUUAAUUCUGAUUUUAUUGAAACAAAGAUAAUUUGGCUUGCUGCAUGAUUCUGAAAGUGAUUUACAUUUGAAAUAAACUGGGACUAAUUCUUCCUGUUGACGCAGUUUGCAAAAAGAAAAAAAAAGUCAAGCUGUUUUUUCUUUUAUUCUUACAGAAGCGCUGUGCAUUCACUGAAUUUAAAAAGAAAAGUCUUAUCUCAUAAUUACGAUAGUAUGUAUGUCAGUAUGUCAGAAUUACAUGAUCUUAUCUCAUAAUUAUGAGAUAAGGUGUCUUCAAAACAAAAUUCAAUGGAUGCAUGCACUUACGCUCAUUCUUUGUAGAUCACAAUAAAAUAGCUGUAAUCCUCCACAACUGCAAGACUUCAGAGGGUAGAAAUGUGUCAUUGCCCUGUCAUGUGUUUAAAAACUUAAAGUUUUUUUGUGGGUGUGUCUGUGGAAGGAAUGCAUUUGGACACCUGCGUAAUUAUGCUAACAGGAACUCUGAAUUUUGCACUGACAGAAAAUAAACAAUUUUUAAAAAUGUAUGUGUAUAUAUAUAUACAGUACUUACAUCCGUUACAUUUUAAGAAAGGGCAGGUCUCAAAAGGGACACUGAGUCAGUCUCCAUUGUGGGCGACCUCUUCUCGUUGUUUGUAUAUAAGCAAAGCAUCAUUGUAUCAUCAUUGUCCACAGCAGACCCGCCUGAAACACUGUGGCUAAUCACAUAAGGUCGUUCUUACCUCUGGUCAGUAAAAGUUCUCCUUGUAGGGGAAGACUUGUGUCUUUGUCACACUGUUAAAUAUGCGUACAUGGAUGUUGUGGUCACUGUCCGUUUGUGCAGUGAGUCGAUGUCGUAGAGACACUGGAGCUCAGCUUUGUGCACAGAGUUGAUUUCUUUUAGCCGUCUCUACAUCUCACUGUUAUGUUUGUCGAUUUAUUUUAAGGAGUGCCUUAGUAUUAAGGAUUCGUAAUUGCUCUUUGUAGAAGCCAUUUCAUGUAAAGCAUCGGAUUUACUUUUACAGAUUUAGCAGCACAUACUAUGUACAGUAUUUUCUUUUGGCGGGUCAUUGUGUAUAGCAUCAAGUAUGUCGUGAAGUUGUGGAUGUGGCUCAUAAGAUGAGUUGCAAACUGAUCUCGAGAUCUCAUGUCAGUCUGUUGCAUCCUAACAGCACACCUCUUCUUAUCAUGGUGUCUAAAUUUGCACUGUCCUCAAUAUCCUAAAGAAGCAGGAGUAUGCAUCGUAAUAGCCGGUGUCAUCACGGCCAACCUUCUCAUCUUACUACAGUUUCUUAUCCACUAUUUACCAGUCUAACAAUCCCGGUGACUGGAACAAGGUGCUAAGUUUUCAUCCUGAAGUGUUGAAUAUGUUUUAAGACAUUUCUAUUCUAGUUUUUUUUUGUUUGUUUUGUUACAUAAGUUUGUCUGUUGUGUAAAUUAAGAAACACUAGCUGAAAAAUGAAACAUGCCAAAAGAACUUGUUUUCGGCACAGCUUUACAAUACGUGUGUUGUUUUUCUGUGAGUGAGUAGAGAGGCAAAUAAAUCUUAUUUUGAGUGUAUUUAAUCAUUUCAUGUGUGGUUGAUUAUGUCAUGUUUAUUUGAAAUAAAAAUAUAUUUAAAUUUUCA